CAAGAACUGCACACACACACACACACACACACUUCUGAAUAAAAUGAAUGAAGGUGAAUGUGAUACGAAAACUACAUGCAUUCAGAUCAAGAGUAAUUCAAUAGCUUACUUAGUCCAUGGAUUGGAAUGUUCAGUGCAACACACAUACCUAAUGGUGUACACUGGCAAGGUAAUUGAAUAAGAGUGGUAGAAUUAUGGUUGGUGUGCCGGGUCAGUGUCAGUGGGAGUCGGGGUUUGGGUCAUUGUUAUGGGUGGAAUCAUGUCAUGGUUGGAUUCAGUGUUGAAGCAGGGUCAUAGUCAGGGUCACUGUUAGGGGUGGAGUCAGAGUGUCUCAUAAUGUAGUGAGAUCUGCUAUGCAGUACAUCAUCAUUACAGCUUCUGUGUGUGUGUGUGUGUGUGUGUGUGUGUGUGUGUGUGUGUGUGUGAAUGUGUGGGUAUUUUGCCUGCAGAGGGGAGAAUAUAUUUAGAAGAAUCCUAAACAUUUCCCUGCCUUCCGAUUGGUUAAGCUGCUUUUAGUCUACAGGAAGAAGGCAGGACACACAGUUUUCUCUCUAAGGGAUUGUGCCUUCUGCCAAAUUUAACCCCAACACACACACACACACACACUUACACACUUACACACUGCAUGUUCAUUAGCGCAUGGUUAUAACUUGUCAAUUCAGUUGUGUUGUGUUUCUGUGUUAAUUAGAAGUUUUAACUUUGUGUAGAUGUGUGUGUUGAAGCUCUCAUGCUGGAUAUGAACACAUGGUAAAGCCUCUUAUCUUUAUCUUCUUUCAUUUUAACCUCUCCUUAACCCCCCCCUCUCUCUCUUUCUCUCUUCCUCUCGCUUUUUGUGUGGUUUGUGAUGGGGGAUUGGAGCUCAUUGGGGAAGUUGUUGGAGCGAGCUCAGGAGCAUUCCACUGUGGUAGGGAAGGUAUGGCUCUCAGUGUUGUUCAUCUUCAGGAUCCUGGUUCUGGGUGCAGCAGCAGAGAAGGUGUGGGGAGAUGAGCAGUCGGGUUUCACCUGUGACACCAAGCAGCCUGGCUGUCAAAACGUCUGCUACGAUCGAACCUUCCCCAUCUCACACAUUCGAUUCUGGGUCAUGCAGAUCAUUUUUGUGUCUGUUCCCACGUUGAUAUACCUGGGACACAUCCUGCACCUGCUGCGCAUGGAGGACAAGCAGAAGCGUUUGGAUCAGGACGGAGGUGGAAAAGUGGGGAAGGUCAUGACAAGCAUUCGGGACGAACAAGGAAAGAUUCGUCUGCAGGGGGCACUGCUUCGCACAUAUGUGCUCAAUGUCAUUUUCAAAACUCUGCUGGAGGUGGGCUUCCUGGUGGCACAGUACUUCCUGUAUGGAUUUGAGCUCAAACCCAUGUACACUUGCAGCAGCUGGCCUUGUCCGAACACCGUAAACUGCUACAUCUCACGUCCUACAGAGAAAACCAUCUUCAUUCUGUUCAUGCUAGCUGUAGCGUGUGUGUCACUGUUCCUCAAUCUAGUGGAGAUGUACCACCUCGGCUUCACCAAGUGUCGUCAGGGUCUCCGCUAUCGCCAUUCGCUCUCUGACACUUCAUCCAAAACGCCUAGCGAGGAAGCUGUCAUUCCAUUUGUUGCCAGUUACCCCUAUUUCCCUGCCCAUGCCCCACCCCCCGAUCAUCAGUACAAACUCCCAGACACUGACGGCUCCUUUCCAGCAUACGGCAGUCGCUCCGCUCACAAACAGAACAACGAUAACCUUGCAGUGGAGCGCAUCACUACGGAAACCAAACCUGAUCCUUCUGAAAGCAAACCUGAUGAAACCAGGGUAAAGAAAACUUCAAGCUCUGCCCCAGGAUCGCCGUAUUACCAGCGCAGGCCGAGCUAUGCUAGUCGCUAUAGUAACAAUAAGAGCAGACUGGAUGAUCUGAAAAUCUGAAUUAGGAGAAGAUUUUUACGAAAUUAAGCAAAUAGCUACUGAUACAGGAACAAACACACACACACACACACACACACACACACACACACACUGUAUCUAAUAAAUACCAGCAUUUUCAACGAACAUUGUUAGCAUUAGCCACUACAGAUGUACCAGCUUACUGCUAAAUUUAACAUGUGGCUAGUCUUAUAGACUGUAGCAUUAGUUUAAAUGCUAAGGUGCUAGCUGACUAGCCGUGCAUGUGAUUGUGAACAGGAUAUUUUGAAGUGAAAUGCUAGCAGUGAAAGGUAGAACCACAAUGGUUAGAAGAUUGCUAAAAGAGGUCACAAAGUUCCUCUGAACUAACAAAAGAAGUUCCUCUGACUGAACUGGGGCCACAGUUAGCGUUUACUAGUGCGCUGGUGUUUACAUGACCACAGAAAUUGUAGCCUAUUUUACAGUAGCAUUUGACUAUUAACAAGUUAGCAUUAGUCUACAUUUUUGUUUACCUACAUCUGUCAUGCUGCUAAUUGACCAGCUUUCAGCAUCUGUACCGAUCUUCAGUUGUAGCAGGAUUUUACACAAUGCUAAUGAACAAGCACUAGCAUUUGCACUACUUUACCAGACAUUCUUUCUAGUGUAUAAGUACAAAUCCUGUUAAUAAAUGGACAUUAGUUUCGCCGCUAAUUUAGUUUCAUACCCUUAUUGUCCUAGCAUUAAACUUUGUUUUAUUCAUCAAUAUUUGUCACAUUGCUAUGGGAAAGAUUUACUGAAGAUUAUAACAGUUUUAAUGUGUUAACUCUCAUGCUGCUAAUUUUACAAAAAUAUUUUUAAUUCUCUACUGAGACUUUUUUUUUUUUUUACUUUAUCAGAAUUUUUCAUACAAAAUAUUUACUAGCGUAGUUCUAGAUUAUAAACACCAAAAUGAGAAUAUUUCCAUUUUUACAUAUAAAUGUUAUAUGUAUAAUAUAAGGCAUAGUUUGGUCAUUGCAUGAUUUGUGUGUUUCCUGUACUGUUUGUCGACUCUGUUG